CGAUGUUUGCUUGUUUCAUUCGGGUUUGUUUAAAGUUUUCUUGAUCCCUUCUCUGUGGUGUGUUGUUUGCCAGAGUCCCCUCCCCUUUGCAGUACAACGGUCGUGUUUAAUAUUCCCUUUUUCCUGGGUGGAGUUGCCCUCUGUUCAGCCGGCAAUCCCUGCACUGCAGGAGUUCAGCGGCUCACGGAAAGUUAAAGAAUUUUCAACCGGAAAGAGUUGGAAACAUGGCCUCUAGACAAUACGUACAGAGUUUAGCCGAGGAGGCAGUUUGUUCCAUUUGCUUUGAUUUCUUCACCAUUCCGGUAACACUGGAUUGUGGACACAACUUCUGCCUCUCCUGUAUCACCCAGUGUUGGGAAAAGGAGGGGAGAAACUGCUGUCCGGAAUGUAGAGCAAAGUUCGCAGACAGAUACCUCAGGGUAAACUGGGCCCUGGCAAGUCUGGCUGAGAAGGCUCAACAAUUAAACCUGAAUCAGAAAGAGACGCAGAUGAGAUCUCAGUGUGAGAGACAUCAGGAGGAACUGAAGCUGUUUUGUGACACAGACAAGCAGCCGAUCUGUCUGAUUUGUAGAGACGCGAGAGAACACAAGUCUCACAACUUCAUGCCCAUUGAAGAAGCUGUUGAGAUUUACAAGUGUCAAGUAAAAUCAUCGUUCAAAUCUCUGACAGAGAAGAAAUCUGCCAUCAAGAAGUUGGAACAGCGACAGAAACAGGAGAUUUCUGGAGUGAGGGAACAGUCACACACCGUGCAGGCCAACGUCACAUCUGAAUUUGCUAAAAUACACCAGGUUCUGGCUGAGAGAGAGCAGCGCUUACUGAGCAAUCUCAGGGCAGAGGAGGAGAAGAUUCUGAACUCCAUGGAGAAAAAUCUUCAGGAGAUUGAAGAGAAUUUAACCUCUGUUGAGGAGAAACUGUCCAAGUUACAGAAACAGAUGAAUGAAGAAGACAGUGUGAUGUUUCUGAAGGAGGAAUUGUGUCAGGACAGGAGGGUUAGUGAGGAAACUCAGACAUUGUCUGUAACAGAAGGUGCCAUAACCAUUGGAAAAUUCAGGGACACAAUAUUGAGAGGAAUGUUUGAUGCCAUGAAGCAAGUCUAUGAGACCCUGGAUGUGGAAUCAACAAAUUUGUGUGUUGAGGUGUCUGAGGAUCUGAAUCGUGUGAGAGUGACCGGGACCCAGAUCAGUCUCCCUGAUGCCACGGACAGUGAGGAGGACAAUGAACCUGGAGACUGGGGAAUGAAACUGUUGUCUGAGGCUCUGACGGACCCGGAGUGUAAAAUACAGAAACUGGGGUUGACAGCUGAUCGUUUCACAUCUGAUUUUGAGCACUUCAUCUCCACUCUCAGUACAAACCACUCACUGAGAGAGGUGGAGCUGGACCUGAGUUACAAUGAACUGGGGGAUUCAGGAGUGAAACUGUUGUCUGAGGCUCUGAGGAAGAUAAAGUGUAAAAUACAGAGACUGAUUCUACGGUCUGUCGGUGUCACAGCUGCUGGUGUUGAGCAUCUCACCUCCGUUCUCAGUACAAACCGCUCACUUAAGGAUCUGGACCUGGGUGGUAAUGAACUGGGAGAUUCUGGAGUGAAACUGGUGUCUGCGGCUCUGAGGAACCCGGAGUGUAAAAUACAGAGACUGGGUCUGUGGUGUGUCGGUCUCACAGCUGCUGGCAUUGGGGAUCUAGUCUCCACUCUCAGUACAAACUGCUCACUGAUGGAACUGGAGCUGGGUAGUAAUGAACUGAGAGAUUCCGGAGUGAAACUGGUGUGUGAGGCGCUGAGGAACCGGAAGUGUAAAAUACAGAAACUGGGGCUGUGUCGUGUUGGACUCUCUGAUUAUGGCACCCAGGAUCUUGUCUCUGCUCUCAGUCGAAACCGCUCAGUGACAGAGCUGGACCUGGGAGCCAACUCCUUCUCAGACCGAUGUGUCUCCGCUCUGCAACAACUCACUCUGAAAUGCAGGAGUCUGAAGCAGAUUGAUGAGGAGGACAAUGAACCUGGAGAUUGGGGAAUGAAACUGUUGUCUGAGGCUCUGAGGGACCCGAAGUGUAAAAUACAGAAACUGGGGUUGACAGCUGAUCGUUUCACAUCUGAUUUUGAGCACUUCAUCUCCACUCUCAGUACAAACCACUCACUGAGAGAGGUGGAGCUGGACCUGAGUUACAAUGAACUGGGGGAUUCAGGAGUGAAACUGUUGUCUGAGGCUCUGAGGAAGCUGAAGUGUAAAAUACAGAGACUGAUUCUAGAUUCUGUCAAUAUCACAACUGCUGGUGUUGUAGAUCUCGCCUCUGCUCUCAGUACAAACCGCUCACUGACAGAGCUGGACCUGGCUUAUAAUGAACUGGGAGAUUCAGGGAUGAAACUGGUGUUUGAGGCUCUGAGGAACCGGGAGUGUAAAAUACAGAAACUUGAUCUGGAGUCUGUUGGUCUCACAGCUGCUGGUGUUGUGGAUCUCACCUCCGUUCUCAGCACAAACCGCUCAUUGACUGAGUUGGACCUACGUGAUAAUAAACUGGGAGAUUCAGGAGUGAAACUGGUAUCCGAGGCUCUGAGAAACCCAAAGUGUAAAUUACAGAAACUGUGUCUGGUGUCUAUCGGUCUCACAGCUGCUGGUGUUGUGGAUCUUGCGUCCGCUCUCAGUACAAACUGCUCACUGAUGGACCUGGACCUGGGCGAUAAUGAACUGGGAGAUUCGGGAGUGAAACUGUUGUCUGCGGCUCUGAGGAACCCAGAGUGUAAAAUACAAAAACUGGUGCUCAGUUGGACUGGACUCACAGAUUCUGGCAUUGAGGAUCUCGUCUCUGCUCUCACUACAAAACACUCACUGAGGGAAUUGGAACUGGAUUGGAACAGACUCACAGACCAAUCUGUCUCUGUUUCCCGCCACCUUAUACUGACCCACUCAUGUCUCAAGCAGAUUAAGUGA